ACAGUCGAGCGAGACGGUUGUGGAGCCCCAGCCGUGCGCGAGUUCGUCGACUUCACAGGAAAAGUGCUGUUUGAACAAAGAACGUCACUUUUCAGUGUGGAAAGUGCCAAUGCGACACUUCAGCAAUAGUAAAAUGAAUUUUCCAAAUUAAUCCACGACGAUGUUUUCAAAGUGUGUUAGUGGUGCAAGCACCGUGUUCCAACUCCCGAAACUGUUCUUUUUGUUCUCCAUUAGCCAUUUGGUGUCUUCUUCAGCCGUGCCCGAGGACUGGGUAUCCGGAUCCCCGUUUUCGCAUUUCACAACGGACGACAGUAGGGCUGAUACUUUCACAUCGGCUUACUUGAACGUGUCAACAUUUUCUGACAAUGGUUGGCAUUCGGACAAGACAGAGGUGGGCCGCUAUGGGGGUGGCUACGUGGGGCCGGCCUUCGGAGUGCUCAUCCACGUGGCCUCGAAGACCAACCCCGACGACCACACUGGGUGUCAGUUGCCCCUGUACAGCACCAGAUCCGAUCGGAAGUUGCCUCCUCCAGGCGAGCCCUGGAUCGCCUUGAUCAAGAGAGGACGCUGCAACUUUGAAGUGAAGGUCGAGAACGCCUUCAGGAGCAACGCUGCAGGAGUGUUGGUCUACAACGACAGGGACUCCUCCACUUUGGACAAGAUGAAGUUGUCCAGCGAUUCCGGGCGUAAUAUAAGCGCCGUGUUUACCUACAAAUGGAAGGGAGAAGACUUGGCCAGAUUGGCCGAAAAUAAUUCCAAAGUUUACGUUCACAUCACUAUUGCGAGCCAUACCUCCUCGAGGACGGCCAACAUCAAUAGAACAUCUGUUUUAUUCGUCUCCAUCACGUUUAUUGUUUUAAUGAUCAUAUCCUUGGCGUGGUUGGUGUUCUACUACGUUCAGAGAUUUAGAUAUAUCCACGCAAAAGACAGGCUGUCGAGAAGACUGGGAAAUGCAGCAAAAAAAGCGUUAUCCAAAAUUCCAACGAAAAGCAUCAAAUCCGAGGACAAAGAGGUUCAAGGCGACGGGGAAUGUUGCGCUAUUUGCAUUGAACCUUACAAAAUAUGUGAUAUUUUACGCAUACUACCUUGCGGUCAUGAGUUUCAUAAGAGCUGCAUUGAUCCUUGGUUGUUGGAACAUCGAACAUGUCCAAUGUGUAAAAUGGACAUCCUUAAACAUUAUGGAUUUGUGUUUUCCGGUAGUCAAGAAAGCAUCCUACAGAUGGACGUAGAAGAAAUCGUAGUGUUAGACUCGACCGAGAGUCGUUCAACUAGUCCAAGAAGAGGCGGCGGUAUUAGUCCCUUGCCGGAGAUACGGGCCGUUGUCAUCGCUGACCGUCAGCGCCUGUUCGAGAGUUCAGCCGAUGACGAAAGCAGCAGAUCUUCCACUCCCGAUGAAAUGACUCCGAGUUUGUCUCAAGGAAGACAGUACCCCGUCAGACAGGAUCUUUGUGUGAGUUGUAUAGCGGCAAAAGCAGCCGCAGCCUUAUCAAGCAACCAAAGCAAAGAAACGUCGACUUCUGACGAAGAACAAGACUCCAACCAGCCGGUGCUUUCAGUGAACAAUCAUAGUGAUGAUAAAUAAAACAGUUUUCUAUUACGUGGUGCAGCAGUAGUCGAUUAGGACUGCCGAAACUUUGUGAUAUUAUAUUUCUAGUGGUUAAGUUUUUAUUUUGUCCAAUACGAAUAAAGGGUGCUUUCGUCCCAAAUACUAACAAUAAUGUAUCGUUCGCUAAAUUCCCGACGAUAGAAUUGUCAUAUUCUAGUGUAAAUAGAUCUCUCGCGACGAGUUGAUUCCAAUUUUCCAAGAGAUUACAUCCAACUUGGGCUUGGGCAACUCCAUCUGAGAACUCCUACUUUAUUAUCAAGUGAAUAAAUGACGCGUUUCUGAAGGAUAACAAGCUGUUACUUUAAUCGAAAAUAAAUUAGGAGUUUUAUGAUUUUACUGCGCCCAAGCGUGACUUAUAUAUGAAGCAACGUGCUUAAUAUACUACUGCUUAAGUAGUAGCUUCCAAUUCAGAUUAUUUGUUUGUGGAAAACGAAUUUUCUUCUAGAAGCGUUAUAAUUACAAUACAAAUCUUAAAAUGUUGUGCCUUGUAAAUAUCUAACAUUUGUGAUGUACUUGACUCCCCAUACGAUGUGAGCGGUUAUUGUUUUACUUAUCUGUGAUUGUUAACGUUUGUUGGGGUGUCGUGUAUACUUUUUCUGACUUAAUUUCAGUUGUACAAACAGCAUGUACUUCAUCUUAUAAUUUUGCUUGUAAAUAUUAUGCUAAAAUUGAAAUUGACUGAAUUAAACUCUAUAUAUGAA